UCCUAUUAAUAGAUUUGCUUUAUUUUAAAGUUAAACCUCACAGGGAGGUAAACCCAUCAAAACUCAGUUUAAAAUGCAAACUUCAUUAUAUGGAAUGACAUACACAUUUCUUUGUGAAUUACAUUUGCAAACGAUAUGUGUUCAUGCUUUGCUUAUAUAGGCCCCACAUUUAAUGAUCCCUUCAUUAAAUUUAAUGAUCCCUUCAUUAAAUGUGGGAGUUUGCCACAACUUUUCUACAUACGGGAUAUUAAUUAAGGAUAUAUCUAAAGGAGAGUUUUCAAUUAUUAUAAUUAUUUUUACAGAUACAGCAUCUAAUGGAUUUUUAAGUAGUCUUUUCCUUUCCGGCUUUUUUCCUGAAAGAAACAGCCAAGUCCCACCUCACCGCACGUUCUUUACUGUAAUGUGAGAAAAAAUAGCGAGUUGCACAGAAAUACGGCUGAUUGGCUCAGCGAGCCUGCAUGCUGUUGACCGUGAGGUGAGCGGAUCUCUCACGCGCUCAAAACAACACCGGCGCGCGCCCCUGGUAAACUUCACUGGGUCUGUUACGCUCGUGACAGUCACUGAUAUGUAUUAACAGUUUAUCGGUCAGAAGCACAAUUAUACCAGCACAUGGAGGGGCUGUUGCUGCGGUUUGCUGGAACAGUGGAGAAGAAUAACGAUGUGCUGAGAUAGAGGCCAGUGAUGGUGGAAGGAGACGGUCAUGUGGUGUAGGAGAAAACAGAGGCACGGACAUCGGAAUGCCACAAGCUGUCUCACUGCUGACUUUCCUGCUGGUGUGCAUGGGAUACACUUUGGCAGGGCUCAAUAUCUGGCCCUCCUUCCACGUUGCCCUUAGCAACGCCAGUGUGUUUGUGGACUUCAGUACAAAAUCCAACAGCGGUGCCAUCCUUAACACAAGCCUCUCUCUGAUCAACACGGAAACCAACACCACCCUCCUCACCAGGACUCUCACUAACAGCCAAUCUGCGGGUCGGGUGGAGUUCAACUGUUCAUGCUUCCUGUAUGCAGGAACUUUCCGGUUCCUGCUGAGGCAGACCAGCAUCACUGCUGUUCCUCAUAGAAAUGGGUCACAGGGCGGUAACAUGGAGAGUACUACCUGGUGGUGGAGUUCAGAACUGCAGGUGCAGUGGCCCACCUUUCACAUCGCUGUAGAGAGGGCUGGAAACCACUCAGGAUCUUUUCAGGUCGGGAUAUCCACCAAUGAGUACUUUCAAGCUUGUUCCAGCGGCUUCGAAUCUGCUGUCUUCCUUGAAGUCAACUACAUGGAGUACAACCAGAUUGGGCGAAACAGCAUCGACAAGGUCCGAGCCCGCACACGACAUCAAAUUAAACCCCUCCGUUCCCAGAGCAUCGAGCUGUCAUGCGCCUUCCCCUUCACAGAAAGAGACUUCAUACAAGUGGCUUUACGGUCUCCUCAUACAGCACAGGAAGUGAAGAGCUCUGGGCCUCUCUACCUGUCCCGUAUCUUCUCCUAUAAGCUGCUGGUGGAAAAUGCCAACGCGUACAGGAGUGGUUGUGAAGGGACUAUGACUGUGAAGCUUGUAACCCCACCUUGUGCACACAUCAAUGGGAAAGUAUUGCUGUAUAAGGAUGUGAGUGCUGGAAGAGGGGUUGCUGUUUCCACUGGGACAGGAGCAGGAGGAACAGCGCUGAUGGGGUUAGGAGCAGAGGAGCCAUCAUCUUCUCCAUUGGCCUUUAACUGGCUGACUCAGGGGGAGAAUGAGACAGAAUUCAAUUGUUCUGUGUUUGACCCAGGGAGGAAUAAGUACUGCUUCCGUUUUGUUUUCAACUUCAGUCGCUCCCCUAGUCCAGCACAGACCUGUUUGGUAGUUCACAGGAGUGCAGACUCAUGGGGCCCCUGGCAGCCAUGGAGUGUGUGCAGUGUGAGCUGUGGAGAGGGGGUGAGGGAACGAGUGCGGGAGUGUUUGCUGCCCUCAGGUGUGGGAGGGAUGCAGUGCACUGGCAUGGUGAAGGAACAGUCCCUCUGCUCACUGGAGAACUGUAUCGUGUUGCCUGCUCCUUCUCCAUCCCUCCCUCCUGUACUUGUUGGAGUUGCACCGCUAGGUGGUAACAUGGUUGUGGUGGUUGGUAUCUCACUUUGUCUGGCUGUGAUUCUGGCCACUGUUGUGGUAACUGUGUGGAGAAAGCUUUGCCAGACCCCUCAGUGCAGCUCUGUCCGCAGAGGCUCCAUGCAUUCGCCUGGUGGACGCAAACUCUCCGAUGAGGCCUCCAUUUGUGGGCACAGCCUCCAGAGACCUAGCCUGUCUGACAGCCAUAGCCCACCAGGGGGCAUGAGUGUAGGUGUGGCCCAGACUGAUAGGCCUCCUCUGGGCAAUCAGCCUCUCUCACAGACCCUGGUGAUACCUCUCUCACAGGACCCAGAAAGGCUGUCUCCCACAGGUCAGAAGAUGUUGCCACCCAUAUUUGGGUACCGGUUAGCUCAGCAGCAGUUGAAAGAAAUGAAGAAGAAGGGGUUAAAGGAGGCCACACAGCUGUAUCAUGUCUCUUCAAGCCCAGUUCAUGACACCUUGGUAGAGACAUCCGCUUCACCCACCAACUCCCCCAUUCCCACACCAACUGGAUUUGCUCAUUCAACGCUCCCCUUGGGCCUCCAGGAUGACGCCAAUCAUAGCCAUUUACGCGUUGCAGCUCCCUUUUCUGAGCUGCCACCGCAGACUUCUAGGAUCACGCCGGACAGAUUGAGUCCAAGAGUGGAGCUGGUCUUAGGUCCUCCCAUUCCUGGUCAUGCAAGUGGGGGCAGCUCAAAAUGGCGUGACCGCACCGCUGACUGGGUGGAGAUGGUAGAGAGGAGCGGAUUAGCUCAUAACUCAUAUAAUAAGAAUCCAAAUUUCCGCCGGACAUCCAGUUUUAACGACACUAAACCCCAUAUUUCAUCCUCUGCACACUCCAGACACUUCAGAGAAAGGAGCAUGACUCAGGUGGGGUCUCGGACCCUUCCUGAAGGAAGCUGUUGGACCAAAGGAGGGUGGGAGAGGCAGCCGUACUGCUCUUACCCCAUUCCAGAGCAUGGGGCCUCAGAGUGGGCCAAAUCCAGACCUCAGAGAAUCGACCAGAGGAAGCCCUGGAUAGAGACAGCUGUUCCCUCUCACAACACUGAACUCAAACACAUAGGAACCAACACAAACAUCACCUCUGAAAAACACGCCAAAGCAGACCUCAAUGGCACUGGAGAAAGGCAAAGGAGUGGUGAGACAGGAGGUAGAGGUGGACAGGGAAUCUCAGGGAUCGGGGGUCCAACCAUGGUGCCUGCCAGUUCUCGUGGAAUGAACCAGCUGAGUGUGGAUUGGGCGGAGCGGGCUGAGCAGAACUGGAACCGCCGUGGCCCGUCGCCUAUCCAGAGGAACAUCCUGGCCCGGAAAUUAAAGGAGGCUCAGUCUUUCUCUGGGGUCAGAGGUCGCCAGCGCAGCUCCACCUUCAGUAUCUCGUCCUCAGAGCAGAGGAAAGGUCGCUGCCACUCUCUGCCAAUGUCUGGAGACUACAUCAGCAAUGACAGCUCUCCCUACAGGCUGAGUGAGGCAGAGCAGAGGAUGUUGGACCUAGAUCUGCCCUCAGCAUAGGAGAGGAGGAUGAGAUGACACGGGUUUGUAAUACUACACUAGGGAGGAAUUGCUUUUGCCAUAUACAUACAGUAUAUUCCUAACAUUAACCACUAUCUGUGACAUUAAACAAUACCCCAACCUGAACAUACAUAUCUGUGAAGAUUGUAUGUAUGUUAGAGAUUUAGAGAGUUUGCUUAUCUAUGGGAAGGAGAGCAAAAAAAUACGAUAUUCAAGUUAAUUCAAUUUUAAAAAAAAAAGUUUUUCUCUUGCAUUCUUUCAUUCUAAUUAUUUUAAUAUUUCAAUAUAGGCAUUAUAAUUGAACAUAUUUUUGUCUAGUUUGUCAGAAUUUCACUUUUGGAACAGGUUUUGCUGUAUACAGACUACUGUAUAUGCUAUAAGUCAUAUUUAAUAUGGCCUUGUACCUACAUCUGUAUGCAUUGUUAAAUACAGUACCUAUCAAGGACAGUAUUCAAAACACUACAAAAACAGGUUAGUCUUACUAUUGUACACUGCUGAAUGUGCUGUUCUUACCGUGCUGUGAAGUUGCACUGUGCUGUAGUGAGAACCAGUCUCACUAUGAUGUAGUUUACUGUUAAGGGACAGUUUGAAUGUGUCAUUUAGACAAAAGUCCCUCCUUUGAGAACAUGUGAUCCAAGCGAUGUCAAACAUUUUUCAUGUGUUUUGUGUUGUGUCUUGUUGCGAUGUUUGAGAGCAGUCAAAUAUGAACUUCAGCGAGACAUUGUGGCUGAGAUGCAAUUUGUUUUAUUGUUUGAGUAAUAUCAUACACUUUUUUGCUAUGAAGUGCCUACUGGAAAACAAGAGUUACUGUACUAUGUAUUUUUAUAACUUUUUCAAAUAAUGAAGCAAAGGGAGACAUUAAAAUAUAAAGAAUAUAAACAUGCCAUCAGUCUUUGC